AUGCCCUUCGACCCAGAACACCACGACGCCACCAGCACGCGCGGCGGGCACGUCCCGCACGCCCUGCAUCCUGACCAGCCGCCAGUGGCCGCCACAGAGACAGGUGGGCCCGACACCUCGCCUGGCGACCUGGAACGCCCUCACGCCUACCUCUACGAGGCGGUCGAAGGCUUCUUCCUGCAGACCGAGGGUCCAAAGAAAGUGGACUUUGACGUUCUCCUUAAGCGCUCGUUCGGCCUCCUCGACACCUCGGCCGAGCGGUGGCCUAACCUCCGCGCUGCCGUGUCCGAGCUCCAGCGUAAUGCGGGGGACGGCGUCGCGUACAAGGUCCUUUUCCUGGGCCGGCACGGGCAGGGAUGGCAUAACUUUGCUGCUGCAAAGUACGGGCACGAUGCCUGGGAAGAACACUACACAUACCAGACUACGGACGGCGAGCUCACAUGGGGCCCUGACCCGGAGCUCACAGACCUGGGCCACGAGCAGGCUCGUGCCGUCCGGAGAGCCUGGGGCCGCGAGGUGGACGCUGGCGCGCCCAUCGACGAGAUGACAUGGUUCGUGUCGCCGCUCACGCGCACAUGCCAGACGUUCCUCGACUCAUGGGAGGGGUUGUACAGCUGCCCCGAGGUCUGGGAGGACUGGCGUGAGAUCUACGGCUCGCACACUUGCGACAGACGUAGUCCUCGGACAGCUAUCGCAACCCGCUUUCCGAUGAUGCGGAUAGAGGAGGCAAUGACCGAGGCCGACGAGCUAUGGCGCGCCGACGAGCGCGAGAGCGACGAGCACAUGCAGAUGCGCAUGCGGCGGGCGAUGGACCGCGUCAUGGCCAACAACUAUUCCACCUACAUUAGCGUCACUGCGCACGCCGCCAUCCUCCGCAACCUCCUCCCUGUCCUUGGACACCAUCCGUAUCCGCUGGCCACGGGCGAGAUGAUUCCCGUCGUGGUCAAGGCGACACGGUUGGAGAAAGCGUAA